AAAAUGGCCAAAAAAAAAAAAAAAAAAGUCUGCUGAGUAUCUCAGAUAUAGGUAAUGGGUCCUCACCAGACUAUAAAAAUAGACCCGUUAAGAGCCAUACCAGUAGUGUGAUGUGGGUGGGUUUCUUUUUUUUUCUUUUCCUAAUUCCUCUGGCAACAAACCACUCAUUGGGAUUUGAUACCGUACUUUUUUUUUUAAAGCAUAUUUAAAAUCACACACUUUAUGUAACGAGGAUUUUAGUGUAGGGUUUUUCUGCAGAAUACCAUUUGGUCCUACCAAGAACUGUCUGUUCAAAUGUUUGAGCCUUUGAUUGAAAAAUCUUGCUUAGCCUUUUUAAAAGAUAACCCAAGGGAAUAAGAUACACUUACAAAUUCUACAAAAGGAAUAGGAUUUAUAAUCUGUAAACUGAUAAGAUACAGCUGAUCUCCCUGUAGACUCAAGAAAGAUAGCUUACGAAUGAUUAGAAGAAUUGAUUCUUUCUGAGACUCCUCAGAACAUUCCCUAUAAAAUUUGUAUCUUGCUCUAUACUCGUGAAUAAGUGCUAGAACCAGACCUCUUGAAACCACCUAAUCUGACCCGGGAGUUUGAAAGAAGCAGGUGCUGAAUUGUAAUUUUGCCCCUGAUUAAGAAAAUGGGCUGUGAUCGAAAUUGUGGACUCAUUGCUGGAGCUGUCAUUGGCGCAGUGCUGGCUGUGUUUGGAGGUAUUCUGAUGCCGGUUGGAGACAUGCUUAUUGAGAAGACCAUUAAGAAGCAAGUUGUACUCGAAGACGGUACAAUUGCCUUUCAGAAUUGGGUUAAAACAGGCACAGAAAUUUAUAGACAGUUUUGGAUCUUUGACGUGCAAAACCCACAGGAAGUGGUUGUGAACAGCAGUAGAAUCAAGGUUAAACAAAGGGGUCCUUACACAUACAGAGUUCGUUAUCUAGCUAAAGAAAAUAUAACCCACGACUCCGAGAACCACACAGUCUCUUUUGUCCAGCCCAAUGGUGCCAUCUUUGAACCUUCACUUUCUGUUGGAACAGAGAAUGACACCCUGACCGUUCUCAAUCUGGCUGUAGCAGCUGCACCCCAUCUCUAUCCAAAUGCAUUUGUUCAAGUGUUACUCAAUUCACUUAUCAAAAAGUCAAAAUCUUCUAUGUUUCAAAAAAGAACUGUGAGAGAGCUCUUGUGGGGCUAUAAGGAUCCGUUCUUGAGUUUGGUUCCAUAUCCUAUUGUUACGACACUUGGUGUGUUUUAUCCUUACAACGACACCGUAGAUGGUGUUUAUACGGUUUUCAGUGGGAAAGACAACGUAAACCAAGUUGCCAUCAUCGACACUUACAAAGGUAAAAGAAAUCUCUCCUAUUGGCCAAGUUAUUGUGACAUGAUCAAUGGUACAGAUGCAGCCUCAUUUCCACCUUUUGUUGAGAAGACACGAGUAUUGCGUUUCUUUUCCUCUGACGUUUGCAGGUCCAUCUAUGCUGUGUUUGGAGCUGAAAUUAAUCUGAAAGGAAUCCCUGUCUAUAGAUUUAUUCUUCCAUCCAUGGCCUUUGCAUCUCCACUUCAAAAUCCAGAUAACCACUGUUUCUGCACAGAAAAAAUUAUCUCAAAAAAUUGUACAUCAUAUGGUGUGCUAGACAUUGGCAAAUGCAAAGGUGGAAGACCUGUGUACAUUUCACUUCCUCAUUUUCUACAUGCAAGUCCUGAUAUUGGAGAACCUAUUGAAGGCUUAAGUCCAAAUGAAGACGAACAUAGCACAUACUUAGAUGUUGAACCUAUAACUGGAUUCACUUUAAGAUUUGCAAAACGGCUGCAAAUCAACAUAUUGGUCAAGCCAGCAAAAAAAAUUGACGCAUUAAAGGGUCUGAAGAGAAACUAUAUUGUGCCUAUUCUUUGGCUUAAUGAGACUGGUACCAUUGGUGAUGAGAAGGCAGAAAAGUUCAGAAAACAAGUGACUGGAAAAAUAAACCUCCUUGGCCUGGUAGAAAUUAUCUUACUCAGUGUUGGUGUGGUGAUGUUUGUUGCUUUUAUGAUUUCAUACUGUGCAUGCAGAACAAAGAAAGUAAAAUAAGCAGUAAAUGAGUUUUUACCUUUCUGUACCAGCUACGUCAGGACAUUUGUUACUAUUGGCCUACAAAAUGAAGAUUUAAUAUGCUCUCUUUUUACAAAACACACCUAAUCUUCUAGUUGAAGAAACGGUGACUUUUUUUUUUUUUUUUUUUGCACUAAGCAGCAGCACAUUUCUAAAGGAUUUUAAAAUGUUGGUAAAAUCCACACUUUGAACACAAAACUGGAACCUUUUAAAAUUCAUCAUGUGCACAAUCAAAUUAAUUUCAGUUUCUGUAGACCUGGCUCAAACAUGAACCAACUAUUUUUAUUGGGUACUGAUUCACUAACUGGUUCCCUGGUGGCAAAUUCAGCAGAGUGGACAUUCUCAACAAAAUUUGAACCCUGAACUCCUGUCUUCUUUAUCGAGGGAAAGACAUCAGUGUCCCUGUUCAGUUGCAAUAGACUGACCCCAGGGCUGUCAGUACAUCACAGUUCGUGAGCACCGACUAUUUUGAAAGACAUUUAAGAAUGGAAAGUAAAAUUAUAUAUUACUCAAGUUUCUCUCUGUGGAAUCCUUUGUACAGCAACAGCAGACGUUGUAACCAUUUCCUUACUGUAUAACGAUAUAUUUUGUCACUGAUUAUGCAAAUGGACAUCCUUUUUAGCACAUUUUGGCUCUUCAUGUUUAAGGACCUUGUCAUCUUCCAUGUUCUGCAGCUCUUCUGGCAAUAUGAAGAGGUUGUGAUCUUUCUACUCAGUUACACAGAACUUACACUGGGCACCUUCAGAAUGCUGUGCUAGGUAUUAAGAGAUGUAAAUGAUAAUAAAGGAAUUAUUGUAUGAAAGAUUAUCAAGAAUAGAAUGUGCGUUAAUGGCUAUUUGUAAUAGCUUUUGCUUUCAUAGUCACCUCAGAAUGGUCUCAACCAUUAAAAUAUGUUCUUCCUCAAA